GGUGAGCUGAGAUCGCGCCAUUGCAUUCCAGACUGGGCAACAAGAGCAAAACUGUCUCCAAAAAAAAAAAAAAAACCCAAAAAUAAUGUUCAUGGAUUACAUAUUCAGGUGUUUUAGAGCCUGAUGCAUUUUAGAAAAGAAAAGCAAAAAAACAACUUUUACAAUUCUGCAGUCUGCAUUUAAAAACAGUAAAUUCCUCUAUUAAAAAUGUAAAGCCAGGUUUGCCUGCAUGCCAUAGGGAUAUCUCAGGAAGGCUAUGAUGAACUCUGAAAUCAAGAUGAUGGAAAUGAGGCCGUUUGGACUAACAGUCUUCCUACAGUCAGGCCAUUCGUGCUGAUCUUUGGUUUAGAAUUUUAAGAAAUAGUACAUUCCACCUGUUCUUUGGUGGGAAAAUCCAAGGGUUAGCCUAGUCAUCUAGGGGCUCAACUCCUUGUGAGGGGAAAUGACAGUGAAUAAGUUAGUAUUUUGCUCCACAGAUGCAUGAAAGGACAAAUUUGCAUCUUCUAUCAGUAUUGAACUUCCUUUUGCUAAUGACAAAUAAAUAUGUCUAUAUUUUUAAACGUGGGUGUUUCGUUUUAUUAUGCUCUGGCUUGGCGAGAAAGCCAAAGAACUCCACUCCUUCCUCCCUGAUGUCGUAGGCAACGAGGAACUCGUGCCGCCUUGGCUUAUUUCUCCUCCCCUGGCCUUUGACCCACGUGGCUGAGGACUGAGGGCUGAGGGCUAAGGGCUGGGGCUGUAUCCUGCCUGGCCUCCAACCCCGCCUCUGCCACGCCGAGGUGCUGUGAGCUCACCUUGCCACCAGCCCCAACUUCUGCAAGGUGGGCGGGCUGCUUUGCAGAUCCGGUCCGGGUGAGGUGGGGUCGCACCCUCGGCUGCAGCGGCCCGAGAGCGGCUCCUGGCGGCGAGGGUCCCUCUCCAAAUCCAGGGGCGUGCGAGCUGCGGGGACCAGGGACCGGCCCACCUCGGCGGCCCGGGGGCCUGGUGCGCGCCUCCGAGAUCUCGGGGCUGGGGUGCUGGCGGGUCCCGGGCGCGCAGGUGCCGGGACCGAGGUGCCGGGCGCCGGUCACUGUCGUUCUUGCGGCCCCCGCGCCGGCGCCGUCAGCGGGGCGGGCGAUGGCCGUUGCUGGGAAGUCCGUUGCUAGGGCCGCCGUUGCCACGGACGCCCGCCCUGCGCCCGGCUCCCUCUGCCCUGCGCGGCGCCAUGGACGACCUGCGGGUGCUGUGGAUGCGCGACCGCGUGUACGCGGCUUUCGGCAUCACCGACCCCCAGCUCUUCGAGGACCUGCUCAACCGCGACGACGGCCAGGGCGAGGAUCUCAUCCUGCACUUCCUCAACCAGGCGAGCGAGGAGGAGGGCUCGUCGGCGCUGCUGUUCUACCGCAAGGUGGUGCCGGAGGAGGAGGAGGUGGAGGUGGAGACCGAUAAUGAGAUACCUGCCCUGUCUGAAGAAGAAGACGAGGAGGAAGAAAUUUAUUCUCAAAAAGUGGAGUACAUGGAUAAAGCUCGAGCUAAGAGUAUGUCACUGAGAGCCGAAUCUCUAGGCCAACCUCUAAUCAGCGUAGAGCAUGGAGAAACGGACAAAGAGAUUUCAGAAAAACUCCCUUCCAAAAGAACUGUGAAGUACAUUGUGGAAAAGAUGCAUCUCCACAUGCUCUGCGCCCCUCUUCCUGAGGAGUUCCUGGACCAAAAUGUGCUGUUUUUUCUCAGAAAUACCAAAGAGGCAAUCUCUGAAGCUACCGACAUGAAGGAAGCUAUGGAAAUUAUGCCGGAAACACUGGAAUAUGGAAUUAUAAACGCUGAUGUGCUCCAUUUUCUGAAGGAUAUUAUAUGUCAGGUUUUUUUGCCAGCGUUAUCCUUCACUCAGCACCGGAUGAGUACAACUGUGGGACUCAUAUCUGCAGAAGGCUUUCAUUCCUCUGAGCAUGAACCAGAACCGCAGCCCCUGCCUGGGGAGGCAGCAGAAUAUCACAGUAUUCAAUUAAUACGGGAUGAAUUUUUAAUGAAUGUGCAGAAAUUCGCAAGUCAUAUUCAAAGAACCAUGCAGCAACUGGAAGGUGAGAUCAAGUUAGAAAUGCCGACUAUCAGUGUAGAGGGAGAGGUGUCCGACCUGGCAGCGGACCCGGAAACCGUUGAAAUCUUGGAGCAGUGUGUGAUAAACUGGCUGAAUCAGAUAUCCACAGCGGUUGAGGCCCAAUUAAAGAAGACCCCUCAGGGUAAAGGUCCUCUGGCUGAAAUUGAAUUCUGGAGGGAAAGAAGUGCAACCUUAAGUGCGCUGUAUGAACAAACAAAGCUUCCAAUAGUCAGAAAAGUCUUGGAUGUGAUCAGGGAAUCCGACUCCAUGCUUGUGGCUAACCUGCAGCCAGUGUUCACCGAGUUAUUCAAAUUCCACACGGAGGCCUCAGACAAUGUGCGCUUUCUCUCCACCGUGGAGCGUUAUUUCAAGAACAUAACGCACGGGUCUGGCUUCAACGUGGUCCUGGAUACCAUCCCCUCCAUGAUGAGUGCCCUGCGGAUGGUGUGGAUCAUCUCCCGACACUACAACAGAGACGAGAGGAUGAUUCCGCUCAUGGAGCGCAUCGCCUGGGAAAUUGCCGAGCGAGUCUGCCGAGUGGUCAACCUGCGGACUUUGUUCAAAGAAAGUCGGGCGAGUGCCCAAAACAAAACCUCGGACGCUAGGAACACUCUCAAGCUGUGGAAAAAGGCCUAUUUCGACACCCGGGCCAAGAUCGAGGCUUCCGGGAGGGAAGCGCGGUGGGAGUUUGACCGGAAGCGGCUGUUCGAGAGGACGGAUUACAUGGCCGCCAUCUGCCAGGACCUCUGCGACGUUCUGCAGGUUUUAGAGGAAUUUUAUAACAUAUUUGGUCCAGAGCUAAAGGCAGUGACGGGGGACCCCAAGCGCAUCGAUGAUGUCCUGUGCAGGGUGGACGGCCUAGUCACCCCCAUGGAAAACCUGACCUUUGACCCGUUCAGCAUCAAGUCCUCCCAGUUCUGGAAAUACGUGAUGGAUGAAUUCAAGAUUGAAGUUCUGGUUAUUGAGAAAGAAGCAAAAAAUUUUAUUGACGAAUCUUUUAAGACGCUUCGAUCCGCUGAAGCAGCAUUUGACAUGCUUUUAAAAUUUAAGCACAUCCGUUCACGGGAGGCCGUGAAUCGACAAAUGAUGAUGAAAUUUAAUGAUAUUCUUGCACAGUACUGUAAAGAGAUUGACAUCAUUAAUAAAAUCUUUGUCCAGAAUCUUGAAAACCCACCACUGUGUAAGAAUCACCCUCCAGUAGCAGGCGCAAUAUACUGGGAACGAUCUUUGUUCUUUCGGAUUAAGCACACCAUCCUCCGAUUUCAAGAGGUACAGGAGAUACUGGACAGUGAUCAAGGACAGGAGUGUUCCACCGCUGCGGAAGAGCCUUCGACUUUGGAUAGGGGAGCUGUUUUCGCCAUCAACUUUUCACCUGCUCUCAGAGAGAUUAUUAAUGAAACCAAGUACUUAGAGCAACUAGGAUUCACUGUCCCUGAAUUAGCAAGAAACAUUGCUCUCCAGGAAGACAAAUUCCUUAGGUACACAGAUGGAAUACAGCGCAUGUUGGAUCAUUACCACACGCUCAUAGGAACGCUAAACGAGGCGGAGUCUGUGCUUCUCAACGAUCAUUCCCAGGAACUCCUCCGAGUGUUUAGGUCUGGAUAUAAGAGGUUGAACUGGAACUCACUAGGUAUUGGUGACUAUAUAACUUGGUGCAAACAGGCCAUUGGGAAGUUCGAGUCUCUUGUCCACCAGAUUCAUAAGAACGCAGAUGACAUUUCUUCCAGGCUGGCAUUAAUAGAGGCUACAAAUCUCUUCAAAUAUCCAGCUGCUAAAAGCGAGGAAGAACUCCCAGGUGUGAAGGAAUUUUUUGAACACAUUGAGCGAGAAAGGGCCAGAGACGUGGACCACAUGGUGCGGUGGUAUCUUGCCAUCGGGCCUCUGCUGACCAAAGUUGAGGGCCUGGUCGUCCACACCAACACAGGCAAGGCCCCCAGGCUGGCCUCCUACUACGAAUACUGGGAAAAGAAAAUUUAUGAGGUCCUGACAAAGCUCAUCCUGAAGAAUUUGCAGUCUUUUAAUUCUUUGAUCCUUGGAAAUGUCCCUCUGUUCCAAACCGAAACCAUUCUGACGGCCCCUGAGAUCAUCCUUCAUCCCAACACAAGCGAGAUCGACAAAAUGUGCUUCCAUUGUGUCCGGAAUUGCGUGGAGAUCACUAAGCAUUUUGUUCGUUGGAUGAAUGGCAGCUGCAUAGAAUGCCCCCCUCAGAAGGGUGAGGAAGAAGAAGCUGUUAUAAUAAGCUUCUACAAUGAUAUUUCUCUGAACCCUCAGAUCAUUGAACAAGCUGUUAUGAUCCCCCAAAAUGUCCACAGGAUUCUGAUUAAUCUUAUGAAGUAUCUACAAAAAUGGAAGCGGUAUCGACCUCUCUGGAAAUUGGACAAAGCUAUUGUGAUGGAGAAGUUUGCCGCCAAGAGACCUCCUUGUGUAGCCUACGAUGAAAAGUUGCAGUUCUAUUCCAAGAUAACCUAUGAAGUUACGCGCCACCCUUUAAUUAAGGAUGAGCAUUGCAUCAGACUUCAACUUGGGCCUCUGGCAAACACAGUGCAGGAAAAUGCCAAGUCCUGGGUGAUUUCGCUUGGAAAACUUCUCAAUGAGUCAGCAAGAGAGGAGCUCUAUAAUCUCCAUGAAGAGAUGGAGCACCUGGCCAAAAACCUUAGGAAGAUCCCCAGUACCCUUGAAGAUCUCAAGUUUGUCCUUGCCACAAUUGCAGAAAUUAGAAGUAAAUCUCUGGUCAUGGAACUAAGAUACAGGGACGUCCAGGAGCGAUACCGCACCAUGGCGAUGUAUAACCUCUUUCCUCCUGAUGAAGAGAAAGAACUGGUUGAUAAGAUUGAGAGCACGUGGUCCAAUCUGUUUAAUGAUUCAGUGAAUGUGGAGCAUGCUCUUGGGGACAUAAAGAGAACUUUCACAGAGAUUACCCGAGGUGACAUAAUGAACUACAGAGUUCAGAUAGAGGAGUUUGCAAAGCGUUUUUACAGUGAAGGCCCUGGUUCUGUUGGCGAUGACCUUGAUAAAGGAAUAGAGCUUUUAGGUGUUUUUGAAAGAGAACUGGCAAGGCAUGAAAAGAGCCGUCAGGAAUUGGCUAACGCCGAGAAACUUUUUGAUCUUCCUAUUACGAUGUACCCAGAGCUGCUGAAAGUGCAGAAGGAAAUGACCGGGCUCAGGAUGAUUUAUGAGCUCUACGAAGGACUGAAGGCUGCAAAAGAGGAAUGGUCUCAGACCCUUUGGAUCAACCUGAAUGUGCAGUUUCUCCAGGAAGGAAUUGAAGGUUUUCUCAGGGCUCUCAGAAAGCUACCUCGGCCAGUCCGUGGCUUAUCAGUGGCCUACUACUUGGAAGCAAAAAUGAAGGCAUUCAAAGACUCGAUUCCUUUACUUCUUGACUUGAAACACGAGGCACUAAGAGACAGGCAUUGGAAAGAACUUAUGGAGAAAACUUCUGUCUUUUUUGAAAUGACCGAAACCUUCACCUUGGAAAAUAUGUUUGCUAUGGAACUGCACAAACAUACAGAAGUUCUCAAUGAGAUUGUCACUGCUGCUGUCAAGGAGGUCGCCAUUGAGAAGGCUGUGAAGGAAAUCCUAGACACUUGGGAAAACAUGAAAUUCACCGUAGUCAAGUAUCACAAAGGCACCCAGGAGCGGGGCUACAUCCUGGGUUCCGUUGAUGAAAUUAUCCAGUCUCUUGAUGACAACACUUUCAACCUGCAGAGCAUCUCGGGAAGCAGAUUUGUGGGACCUUUUCUGCAAACUGUGCACAAAUGGGAAAAAACGCUUUCUCUAAUAGGGGAAGUCAUUGAGAUUUGGAUGUUGGUUCAGAGAAAAUGGAUGUAUCUUGAAAGUAUUUUUAUUGGUGGAGAUAUAAGAUCACAACUUCCAGAAGAGGCAAAAAAGUUUGACAACAUCGAUAGAGUAUUUAAAAGGAUCAUGGCCGAGACCUUGAAAGAUCCCGUGAUCAAGAGGUGCUGUGAAGCCCCGAACCGCCUCAGUGACCUACAGAACAUCAGCGAGGGCCUGGAGAAGUGCCAGAAAAGCCUCAACGACUACUUAGAUUCGAAGAGGAAUGCUUUCCCGAGGUUCUUCUUCAUUUCUGACGACGAGCUGCUCAGCAUCCUGGGGAGCAGCGACCCGCUCUGCGUCCAGGAGCACAUGAUCAAGAUGUACGACAACAUAGCAUCGCUGAGGUUUCAUGACGGCGAUAGUGGAGAGAAACUGGUGUCUGCCAUGAUUUCAGCAGAAGGAGAAGUCAUGGAGUUUCGGAAGAUCGUGCGGGCUGAAGGGCGCGUGGAGGACUGGAUGACGGCAGUUUUGAAUGAAAUGAGACGAACUAAUAGACUAAUUACCAAAGAGGCUAUUUUUAGAUACUGUGAGGACAGAAGCAGGGUUGAUUGGAUGCUCCUGUACCAAGGCAUGGUGGUGCUAGCCGCCAGCCAGGUGUGGUGGACCUGGGAGGUGGAAGACGUCUUCCGGAAGGUGCAGAAAGGGGAGAAGCAGGCCAUGAAGAACUACGGCAAGAAAAUGCACCGGCAGAUUGAUGAGCUGGUAACUCGCAUCACCAUGCCCCUGAGCAAAAACGACAGGAAAAAAUACAACACCGUUCUCAUCAUCGACGUGCACGCCAGAGACAUCGUGGAUUCUUUCAUAAGAGGCAGCAUCCUGGAGGCCCGGGAGUUUGAAUGGGAAAGUCAGUUGCGGUUUUACUGGGACCGGGAGCCGGAUGAGCUGACCAUCCGCCAGUGCACGGGAACCUUUGGCUAUGGCUACGAGUACAUGGGCCUGAACGGCAGGCUGGUCAUCACGCCCCUCACUGACCGGAUUUACCUGACGCUCACACAGGCACUGUCCAUGUACCUGGGUGGGGCCCCUGCUGGCCCAGCAGGUACCGGCAAGACUGAGACCACCAAGGACCUGGCAAAAGCCCUGGGCUUGCUCUGCGUUGUCACCAACUGUGGCGAAGGCAUGGAUUACAAGGCUGUGGGGAAGAUUUUCUCUGGCCUGGCACAGUGCGGGGCUUGGGGCUGCUUUGAUGAGUUUAAUCGAAUUGAUGCUUCUGUGCUGUCCGUGAUCUCCUCCCAGAUCCAGACGAUCCGAAAUGCUCUGAUCCAUCAGUUAACCACAUUCCAGUUUGAAGGGCAGGAGAUCACCCUGGACUCUCGCAUGGGCAUCUUCAUCACCAUGAACCCUGGCUACGCAGGCCGCACAGAGCUGCCCGAGUCGGUGAAGGCACUGUUCAGGCCCGUGGUCGUGAUCGUGCCUGACCUGCAGCAGAUCUGCGAGAUCAUGCUCUUCUCCGAGGGCUUCCUGGGGGCCAAGACUCUGGCAAAAAAGAUGACGGUUCUGUACAAGCUGGCCCGGGAGCAGCUGUCCAAGCAGCAUCACUAUGAUUUUGGACUCAGAGCGCUGAAAUCAGUGCUGGUCAUGGCUGGCGAGCUGAAGAGAGGCUCCUCCGAUCUUAGGGAGGACGUGGUACUGAUGAGGGCCCUGCGUGACAUGAACCUGCCCAAGUUUGUGUUUGAAGAUGUCCCUCUUUUCCUCGGCUUGAUUUCGGAUCUGUUUCCUGGGCUGGACUGCCCUCGCGUCCGCUACCCUGACUUCAACGAUGCGGUAGAGCAGGUCCUGGAGGAGAACGGCUACGUGGUCCUCCCCGUCCAGGUGGAUAAAGUGGUUCAAAUGUUCGAGACCAUGUUAACCCGCCACACGACCAUGGUGGUGGGGCCCACAGGCGGGGGCAAGUCCGUCGUCAUUAACACGCUGUGUCAGGCCCAGAGCAAGCUUGGGCUGAUGACAAAGUUAUACAUCCUGAACCCCAAAGCCAUGAGUGUCAUAGAACUCUAUGGCAUCCUGGACCCCACCACCCGAGACUGGACCGAUGGCGUGUUGUCAAACAUCUUCAGGGAAAUCAACAAGCCAACAGAUAAGAAGGAGCGAAAGUAUAUUUUAUUUGAUGGUGAUGUGGAUGCUCUAUGGGUGGAAAACAUGAAUUCUGUGAUGGAUGACAACAGGCUGUUGACAUUGGCCAACGGGGAACGCAUCCGGCUCCAAGCACACUGCGCCCUGCUCUUUGAGGUUGGAGAUUUACAGUAUGCCUCCCCUGCAACUGUCUCUCGAUGUGGAAUGGUUUAUGUGGAUCCUAAAAACUUGAAAUACCGACCAUACUGGGAAAAAUGGGUUAAUCAAAUCCCCAACAAGGUGGAGCAAUACAAUUUGAAUAAUCUCUUUGAGAAAUAUGUACCCUAUCUCAUGGAUGUGAUAGUGGAGGGGAUGGUGGAUGGAAGACAAACAGAGAAGCUGAAGACAAUAGUUCCUCAGACAGACCUCAAUAUGGUAACCCAGUUGGCCAAGAUGUUGGACGCGUUACUAGAAGGAGAAAUAGAGGACCCUGACCUGCUGGAGUGCUACUUCCUGGAGGCUCUGUACUGCUCUCUGGGAGCCUCCCUGCUUGAGGAUGGAAGGGUGAAAUUUGAUGAAUGUAUCAAACGCCUUGCUUCCUUGACUACUGUUGAGACGGAAGGAGUUUGGGCCAGCCCUGGGGAACUGCCAGGUCAACUUCCAACUUUGUAUGACUUUCAUUUUGAUAACAAACGGAAUCAAUGGGUGCCAUGGAGCAAAUUAGUUCCAGAGUAUAUUCAUGUCCCCGAGAGGAAAUUUGUCGAUAUCCUGGUUCACACAGUGGACACCACUCGGACUACCUGGAUAUUGGAACAAAUGGUCAAAAUUAAGCAACCUGUUAUUUCUGUUGGUGAAUCUGGCACUUCUAAGACAGCCACUACCCAGAAUUUCCUCAAAAAUCUGAGUGAGGAAACCAAUAUCGUGUUAAUGGUCAACUUCUCCUCCCGCACCACGUCCAUGGAUAUCCAAAGAAACUUAGAAGCAAAUGUGGAAAAGCGAACUAAAGACACUUAUGGCCCGCCCAUGGGAAAACGCCUGCUGGUGUUCAUGGAUGACAUGAAUAUGCCGAGGGUGGAUGAAUAUGGCACACAGCAGCCAAUUGCCUUGCUGAAGCUGCUGUUGGAAAAAGGCUACUUAUAUGACCGUGGCAAGGAGCUGAACUGCAAGAGCAUUCGAGACCUUGGCUUUAUCGCUGCGAUGGGAAAAGCCGGAGGGGGCCGCAAUGAAGUUGACCCGAGAUUUAUUUCACUAUUCAGUGUCUUCAACGUGCCAUUUCCUUCAGAGGAGUCUCUGCAUUUAAUUUAUUCCUCCAUUCUGAAAGGCCAUACCUCGACGUUUCAUGAGAGCAUUGUGGCUGUGAGUGACAAGCUGACAUCCUGCACGCUAGCACUUUACAAAAAUAUUGUGCAAGACCUACCUCCCACUCCGUCAAAGUUCCAUUACAUCUUCAACCUUCGAGAUCUCUCACGGGUUUUUAAUGGUCUUGUCCUCACUAACCCUGAUCGAUUCCAGACAGUGGCCCAGGUGGUGAGAGUCUGGAGGAAUGAGUGUCUGAGGGUCUUCCACGACCGGCUGAUCAGUGAAACAGACAAGUGUCUGGUACAAGAGCACAUAGGCGGCUUGGUUACGGAACAUUUUAACGAUGACGUGGAGGUGGUGAUGAGGAAUCCCAUAUUGUUUGGAGACUUCCGAAUGGCCCUGCACGAAGGAGAACCGCGCAUUUAUGAAGACAUCCAGGACUACGAGGCAGCCAAGGCUCUGUUCCAGGAAAUUCUUGAAGAGUAUAAUGAAAGCAACACCAAAAUGAAGUUGGUUCUCUUUGAUGACGCCCUGGAGCAUUUAACCCGGGUGCACCGUGUCAUCCGCAUGGACCGUGGCCACGCCCUGCUGGUCGGGGUAGGGGGCUCGGGGAAGCAGUCUCUUUCGAGGCUGGCUGCCUUCACAGCUGGCUGCGAGGUGUUUGAGAUCCUGCUGAGCCGAGGCUACUCGGAGAACAAUUUCCGGGAAGACCUGAAGAGCCUGUAUCUGAAACUCGGGAUCGAGAACAAAGCGAUGAUCUUUCUGUUCACGGAUGCCCACGUGGCUGAGGAGGGCUUCUUGGAGCUCAUCAACAACAUGCUGACCUCAGGAAUCGUACCUGCGCUUUUCCCUGAAGAGGAGAAGGAGUCUAUCCUCAGUCAGAUUGGACAGGAAGCUCUGAAGCAAGGCAUGGGCCCGGCCAAGGAGUCUGUGUGGCAGUACUUCGUGAACAAAAGUGCAAACAACCUGCACAUCGUCCUUGGCAUGUCGCCGGUCGGGGACACCCUGAGGACCCGGUGCAGAAACUUUCCAGGUAUGGUAAAUAACACUGGUAUUGACUGGUUCAUGCCCUGGCCUCCCCAAGCCCUCCAUGCUGUCGCGAAGUCAUUUCUAGGGUAUAAUCCAAUGAUCCCAGCAGAAAACAUAGAGAAUGUGGUGAAGCAUGUUGUGUUGGUCCACCAGUCCGUGGGGCACUACAGCCAACUGUUUCUGCAGAAGUUGAGGCGCAGCAACUACGUCACUCCCAAGAACUACCUGGAUUUUAUUAACACCUAUUCAAAACUGCUGGAUGAGAAAACUCAGUAUAACAUAGCUCAGUGCAAGCGUCUGGAGGGGGGGCUGGACAAGCUGAAGGAAGCCACCAUCCAGCUGGACGAGCUGAACCAGAAGCUGGCAGAGCAGAAGAUCGUGCUGGCUGAGAAGUCCGUCGCCUGCGAGGCCUUGCUGGAGGAGAUCGCCAUCAACACCGCUGUAGCUGAGGAGAAGAAGAAGCUGGCGGAGGAAAAGGCCAUGGAGAUAGAGGAGCAGAACAAGGUCAUUGCCGUGGAGAAGGCCGAGGCCGAGACGACCCUGGAGGAGGUCAUGCCCAUCUUGGAGGCCGCCAAGUUGGAGCUGCAGAAGCUGGACAAGUCAGACGUGACUGAGAUCAGGUCAUUUGCUAAGCCUCCGAAGCAGGUGCAGACGGUCUGCGAAUGCAUCCUCAUCAUGAAAGGGUACAAAGAGCUCAACUGGAAAACCGCCAAGGGCAUGAUGUCUGACCCGAAUUUCCUGAGGUCUCUGAUGGAGAUUGAUUUUGAUUCGAUCACACAGAGCCAAGUGAAAAACAUCAAAGGCCUCUUGAAGACUCUCAAUACCACAACUGAAGAAAUGGAAGCUGUCAGCAAAGCCGGGCUGGGGAUGCUGAAAUUCGUCGAAGCUGUAAUGGGCUACUGUGAUGUUUUCAGAGAAAUCAAGCCCAAAAGAGAGAAGGUGGCCAGGCUGGAGCGGAAUUUUUACCUCACUAAACGGGAGCUGGAAAGGAUCCAGAAUGAGUUGGCAGCAAUUCAGAAAGAGCUGGAAACGUUGGGUGCCAAAUACGAGGCCGCCAUACUGGAGAAGCAGAAGCUGCAGGAAGAAGCCGAGAUCAUGGAGAGGCGGCUGAUUGCUGCCGACAAACUCAUCUCGGGCCUGGGGUCAGAAAACAUCAGGUGGCUGAAUGACUUGGAUGAGCUGAUGCACCGGCGCGUGAAGCUGCUAGGGGACUGCCUGCUGUGCGCAGCUUUCCUGAGCUACGAGGGAGCCUUCACCUGGGAGUUCCGAGACGAGAUGGUUCAUCAGAUUUGGCAAAAUGACCUGCUGGAGCGGGAGAUCCCCCUGAGCCAGCCUUUCCGGCUGGAAAGCCUGCUCACGGAUGACGUUGAGAUCAGCAGGUGGGGGUCCCAGGGCCUUCCCCCCGAUGAGCUGUCUGUUCAGAAUGGCAUCCUCACCACCAGGGCCAGCCGCUUCCCUCUCUGCAUUGACCCCCAGCAGCAGGCCCUCAACUGGAUCAAGAGAAAAGAGGAGAAGAAUAAUCUGCGGGUCGCUUCCUUUAACGACCCUGACUUCCUCAAGCAGCUGGAGAUGUCCAUAAAGUACGGGACCCCUUUCCUGUUCCACGAUGUUGAUGAAUACAUCGAUCCUGUGAUUGAUAACGUCUUAGAAAAAAAUAUAAAAGUCUCCCAAGGACGGCAGUUUAUCAUCCUGGGAGACAAGGAAGUUGACUAUGAUUCAAAUUUCAGACUGUAUCUAAACACCAAGCUGGCCAAUCCCAGAUAUUCCCCAUCCGUGUUUGGGAAAGCCAUGGUGAUCAAUUACACAGUCACACUGAAGGGCCUAGAGGACCAGCUGCUGAGCGUGCUGGUGGCUUAUGAGAGGCGGGAGCUGGAGGAGCAGCGGGAGCACCUCAUCCAGGAGACCAGCGAGAACAAGAAUCUGCUCAAGGACCUGGAAGAUUCCCUCCUUCGGGAGCUGGCCACGUCCACCGGGAACAUGCUGGACAACGUGGACCUGGUGCACACCCUGGAGGAGACCAAAUCCAAGGCAACAGAGGUCUCAGAGAAACUCAAGCUAGCGGAGAAGACGGCCUUGGACAUUGACAGGCUGCGGGACGGCUACCGGCCAGCAGCCAGGAGGGGGGCCAUCCUGUUCUUUGUGCUGUCCGAGAUGGCCCUGGUGAAUGCCAUGUGCCAGUACUCCCUGAUCGCCUUCUUAGAGGUCUUCGGACUGUCACUGAAGAAGUCACUGCCUGAUUCCAUUCUCAUGAAACGCCUGAAGAAUAUCAUGGACACGCUGACCUUCAACAUCUAUAACUACGGCUGCACGGGGCUGUUUGAGAGGCACAAACUACUCUUUUCCUUUAAUAUGACCAUCAAGAUAGAACAAGCAGAAGGGAGAGUCCCUCAAGAAGAAUUAGAUUUCUUUUUGAAAGGAAACAUUUCCCUGGAGAAAAGCAAAAGAAAAAAGCCCUGCACUUGGCUGUCCGACCAAGGAUGGGAAGAUAUCGUUCUUUUAUCAGAAAUGUUUUCAGACAACUUCGGGCAACUUCCUGAUGACGUGGAGAAUAAUCAGAAUGUCUGGCAGGAGUGGUAUGACCUGGAUUCAUUGGAGCAGUUUCCAUUCCCCUUGGGUUACGAUAAGAACCUCACCCCUUUCCAGAAGUUGCUCAUUUUGCGCUGUUUCCGUGUGGAUCGGGUCUAUCGGGCAGUGACUGACUAUGUGACUGUAACGAUGGGGGAGAAGUACGUGCAGCCCCCAAUGAUCAGCUUUGAAGCUAUUUUUGAGCAGAGCACUCCAAAUUCGCCCAUCGUGUUUAUCCUGAGUCCCGGCUCUGACCCUGCCAGUGAUCUUAUGAAAUUAGCGGAGCGCAGUGGUUUUGGAGGAAAUCGCCUCAAAUUCCUUGCAAUGGGUCAAGGUCAAGAAAAGGUGGCCCUGCAGCUGCUGGGGACCGCAGUGGCUCGGGGGCAGUGGCUCAUGCUGCAGAACUGCCACCUCCUGGUCAAGUGGCUGAAAGAACUGGAGAAGUCUCUGGAGAGGAUCACCAAGCCCCACCCAGACUUCCGCCUGUGGCUCACCACGGACCCCACCAGGGGCUUCCCCAUUGGGAUUCUGCAGAAGUCCCUAAAGGUUGUCACCGAGCCGCCCAAUGGGCUGAAACUGAAUAUGAGGGCAACUUACUUCAAGAUCUCUCACGAAAUGUUGGACCAGUGCCCGCACCCUGCCUUCAAGCCGCUGGUCUACGUGCUGGCGUUCUUCCAUGCUGUGGUGCAGGAGAGAAGGAAGUUUGGGAAGAUUGGCUGGAACGUGUACUAUGACUUCAAUGAGUCUGACUUCCAGGUCUGCAUGGAAAUUCUGAACACGUACUUAACGAAAGCCUUUCAGCAACGGGACCCGAGGAUCCCGUGGGGCAGCCUCAAGUACCUAAUUGGAGAGGUCAUGUAUGGAGGACGGGCUAUCGACAGCUUUGAUCGCCGCAUCCUGACCAUCUACAUGGAUGAGUACCUGGGGGACUUCAUUUUUGAUACUUUCCAGCCGUUCCACUUCUUCCGGAACAAGGAAGUGGACUACAAAAUCCCUGCUGGUGACGAAAAGGAGAAAUUUGUUGAAGCCAUUGAGGCCCUCCCGCUUGCCAACACGCCAGAAGUGUUUGGUCUCCACUCCAACGCUGAGAUUGGCUAUUACACGCAGGCAGCUCGGGACAUGUGGGCUCACCUGCUGGAGCUGCAGCCUCAGACAGGGGAAUCCAGCAGUGGCAUCAGCCGCGAUGAUUAUAUUGGCCAAGUGGCCAAAGACAUAGAAAACAAGAUGCCCAAAGUCUUCGACUUGGACCAGGUGAGGAAGCGCCUCGGAACGGGAAUCUCCCCGACGUCGGUGGUGCUCCUGCAGGAGCUGGAACGCUUCAACAAGCUUGUGGUCCGGAUGAGCAAGUCUCUGGCUGAGCUUCAGAGGGCCUUGGCUGGAGAAGUUGGAAUGAGCAAUGAGUUAGAUGAUGUGGCCAGGUCUCUUUUUCUCGGGAAUAUCCCUAAUAUCUGGAGAAAGCUUGCUCCUGACACGUUGAAGUCCCUUGGAAACUGGAUGGUCUACUUCCUGCGGCGGUUCAGCCAGUACAUGCUGUGGGUUACUGAGAGUGAGCCCAGCGUGAUGUGGCUCUCGGGGCUGCACAUCCCCGAGUCCUACCUCACGGCGCUGGUGCAGGCCACCUGCCGGAAGAAUGGCUGGCCACUGGACCGCUCCACCUUGUUCACACAAGUGACCAAGUUCCAGGAUGCAGAUGAAGUGAAUGAGCGGGCGGGACAAGGAUGCUUUGUCUCAGGGCUGUACCUGGAGGGUGCUGACUGGGAUAUAGAGAAAGGAUGUCUUAUCAAGAGCAAACCCAAGGUGCUGGUUGUGGACCUGCCGAUCCUGAAGAUCAUCCCUAUUGAAGCCCACCGCCUCAAGCUGCAGAAUACCUUCCGGACCCCUGUCUACACCACCUCCAUGAGAAGGAACGCCAUGGGUGCUGGCUUGGUCUUUGAAGCUGAUCUCUUUACCACGAGGCACAUUUCUCACUGGGUGCUGCAAGGAGUAUGCCUCACCCUGAAUUCUGAUUAACCUUUGGGCGAAGAAAACUGCUUCAUGAAUUCUGAAUCUGGGGCUGGUCAGGAAGAGUGACUGGGUCUGCUGUCAUUUCUUGGGGCCUCUCAAGAGGCGGGAGAGGAACUGAACUGAUUUUUCAUUUGAAAUCGGCCAUUUAAAUCUCUUUCCAUACAAACUAACCUGAACGGUUUUGUUUUUAAUGCUAUUUUAAAAGGAAUCUAUAUAAUCAACAAGUAAAUACUGGAGAGUAUUUUAA